AACUCAACUGUCAAUAUGGCGUCGGCAAACAAAUUUGAUGGUGUUUUCCAAAGUUUAAUGAAAAAUAGUACAAUGGAACAGUGUUGUGACAAUAAUAAUGUGAAUUUAGAUGUGACUGACUCAAGCAAUUCAAUUUUUAAAGCGAAUUUCGAUCGAAAACUUGUUGAAUAUGACGAGCAGCAUCAAGGAUCGCCUAGGAAAGCUUGGACAGCAGAAAGAAUUUUGGAGGUUAUGAACGACAUAAAAAAGCUAAGGUGGCCAUGAGUUCUGGACAGCGAAGGACGGCAAUGGAUUUAUUAUUGGAUGGGCAAAUACGACAUUAUGACAACUGCAAAUGAAGAUUCUUUAAUUUUUAAAAGACUCGGGGCGACUGAUCCC